UGGCACUCGAAGUACUACCGCCCGGGUUUGAACUUUUGGUCGAAUAGUCACUGUGGAGAGAUUGAAAAAAAUACGUCCAUCAAAUCGUCAGCUACGGAGUCGAGCUGCCGCUACCGCCAACCCUACUUUCACCGCCGUUGUCAACCUCACUCUUGCCGUUGUCGUUAUCCCUACUCUUGCCCCGGUCGUCAAACCUAG